AUCUCCCUUUUGUGGCUCUCACAUCUUCAGUAUUUCAAUUUCAAACAAACCCUUUUUGCCCUCAUAUUUAUCAAAAAGAUUCGAUUUUUAAAAGAUUCAUACAUGGAAACAUACUAAUAACUUAUACCCAUUUGGCAGGAUUCAUCGAGUUUAUUGGAGCAAGAUUUGCUAAGGUUAUCUUUUCUUUGAUCAAUCUCAAGUGGGCUAAUCAAACAUUCUGCAAAGAUGGGUGAUGUAGCAAAGGACUUGGCUGCUGGAACAGUAGGAGGGGUGGCCCAACUGGUAGUUGGACACCCUUUUGAUACCAUCAAGGUCAAACUCCAAAGUCAACCUACUCCAGUACCUGGUCAACUCCCUAAAUAUUCAGGUGCAAUAGAUGCUGUUAAAAAGACAUUGGCGGCUGAAGGUGCAGCCGGCCUAUACAAAGGUAUGGGGGCUCCACUCGCUACUGUGGCAGCCUUCAAUGCUCUCUUGUUCUCCGUUAGGGGUCAAAUGGAGACCGUAUUGAGGUCUGCACCCGGUGCACCGUUGACUGUGUACCAGCAGGUUAUUGCUGGAGCCGGUGCUGGAGUUGCAGUUUCCUUUUUGGCCACCCCAACCGAGUUAAUUAAAUGCAGACUGCAGGCCCAAGGUGCAAGUUCAGGAGCAGUGGCCGAAGCAGGUGCAACCGUUGCAGCUGCGGUCAAGUAUGGUGGUCCGAUGGACGUGGCUAAGCAGGUCCUCAGGUCUGAAGGGGGUAUCAGAGGUCUCUACAAAGGGUUGAUGCCCACAUUUGCUCGUGAAAUCCCUGGAAAUGCCACAAUGUUUGGUGUCUACGAGGCCCUAAAACAAUAUAUUGCUGGCGGGACCGAUACUUCCGGGUUAAGCCAGGGUACAUUGAUGAUGGCAGGUGGUUUAGCUGGUGGUGCAUUUUGGGUUUCAGUUUACCCAACCGACGUUGUCAAAAGUGUGAUCCAGAUUGAUGAUUUCAAGAACCCUAAGUAUUCAGGGUCGAUUGACGCUUUCAAGAAGAUUCUAAAAUCUGAAGGAAUUGGUGGUUUAUAUAAAGGUUUUGGACCUGCAAUGGCGCGAAGUAUCCCAGCAAAUGCUGCUUGCUUUUUAGCCUAUGAAGUCACAAGGUCAAGCUUGGGUUAGAGGUGGUUGGAGUUACAAAUUUUAACAUUCAUUGUAUUGACUAAAAUUAUUACUUUUAACGCAUUGAAAUAGUUCUCUUUUAUGGUUCA